AGCGCAUCUGCCCUGCGUGGAAGUUUGUGGUUCGGAUCGCUUUAAGUGCCUGAAUAAAAUCAGCCGGGGGCCGGGCUGCUUUUUCAAGAAUGAAUGAAAUGAAAGUAGCAGUUUUGGGCAGCGAAGGAACAGGCAAAUCUGCCCUUACAGUACGCUUUCUGACCAGGCGCUUCAUUGGAGAAUAUGCUUCUGACUCUGAGUGCAUCUAUACAAAGCACGUUUGUCUGGAAGGAAAGCCGAUCAACCUGGAAAUAUAUGAUCCUUGUUCACAACCUCGACGGGGGAAGUUGUCCCUCACUGAUGAGCUCCACUGGGCAGAUGGGUUUGUGGUUGUGUACGCAAUCAGUGACAGAGCCUCCUUUGCCUUUGCAAAAGCCUUGCUGUACCGGAUACGAGAGUGCCACAUGUCGGGCUGCAAAAGGGCUGCAGACUCCACUGUCAUUUUAGUUGGGAACAAGCAAGAUCUGUGCCAUAUGCGUGAAGUUGGCUGGGAGGAAGGGCAAAAGUUGGCCCUGGACUACAAAUGCCAAUUCUGCGAACUGUCUGCGGCGGAACAUUGUCAGGAAGUGGCAGCCAUGUUCACCAAAGUCCUGAAGAACGUCACCUCAAAUGCUAAGGGGAAGGAGAAAAGGCGGCCUAGCGGGUCAAAAUCUAUGGCCAAACUGAUCAACAACAUGUUUGGGAAGAGGAGGAAGUCUGUUUAAGGGAAGGUCCUCCAGCCGUGAUCAGGGCAGGAAGAAGAUGCACACAAACGAAGACCUAGUCAGCAUGGAGAUUUUACUCCAGUGAAUUUCAUUUCUAAAGAGCUUCAUUUGAAAGGAAGCCAUAGAGCAAUAUUGAAUCAUUCACACAUUGCUUGAAGUCUGAUGGAUGGUUGACUCUCAUAGGGAACUGUGACCUGUCUCCGCUGAAAAGAGUUGUAUUUGAGUUGACACAUAACACAAAAGUUCUGCCUGCAGUGAUUGAAAUAUGAUGGCAGAUCCAGACAUGCACAUUUUUUGCUGCUACCACCAAUGGGUAGGCAAGAAGGCUUUCUUGACCCAGCUGAUGUUAGUCAAAACUGAGUCCAAUUGAAAGCAAUGGGACCUUAGCUAACAGUAGAAAAUGACAUUGAGCUGGACUUGGGCUGGAUCUAGACACAUCAAAGAAACGCUUCAGAAAAAUGUGUUGUAACCGUUAUAAUGAGAAAUCGUGAUGGCAAAAAUGGAACUCCACAGUGCCAUCUGGUGUCACAGUGUUAUAUUGCAUGUAAAAUGCCUAAAAAAUGCUUUUUCUUUACCAAUCUAGCUGAGUCCUAGGACCAGGAUCAAUGUGUCAACAAGGCUGAGAAGGAUACAUUGUGUGGAGACUAGGCCCCCGUCUGCACUAUAUAUA